AUGGCGCCCGUGGCUUUACCUAUUUCGCCUGAGAUCAAAGACACCGUUCAACCAAUUAAGGAUACUUUGGGUCUUCCCGAAGCGGCGAGGAAGAGACUUGAGAAGGCUGGUAUCGACCUAUCCAACGGUUAUCCGUACCGGCCAGCAAAGCCACUCUACUUGGACGAUGUCUACAAAAUCAGGGACUACGACCGCCCUCAUGUAGACCCAGGAACUCGAGCAGACCCGGAGAAGAAGGCAUUACUAUCCGCAGCCAAGGAGGUCAUCCACCUGACUGCUCACAUCGGCACGGAGAUUGUUGGAUUGCAGUUGAAAGAUCUCACAGACCAGCAAAAAGAUGAGCUUGGCCUGCUGAUUGCUGAGAGGAGCGUGGUGUUCUUUCGCGACCAGGGCAUAUCGCCUCAGGAACAAAAGAAGCUCGGAGAGUGGUUCGGCGAGAUCGAGGUCCAUCCGCAAGUUCCUUCUGUUCCGGGAGUACCAGGGACCACAGUGAUCUGGCCAGCCUUGCAAGCUACGGAAUUCGCGGCGAGCUUCAGGCAGACUGGUGGGGCAUCUAGGUGGCACACCGAUUUGGUGCAUGAGCGCCAGCCGGCUGGGGUGACCCACCUCCACAACGAUACUAUACCAAAGAUUGGCGGAGAUACGCUCUGGGCCUCCGGAUAUGCCGCAUAUGAGAAGCUUUCACCGGAUUUCCGAAAGAUAAUAGACGGGAAAUUGGCAGUGUAUCGCAGCGCCCAUCCGUAUCUUGACCGGAACGAUCCCACGGCUGGGCCAAAAUAUAUCGAGCGUAUUCACCCUCUCGUACGCGUCCACCCUGCUACGGGAUGGAAAACGUUGUGGGUCAACCGGGCAAUGACGGUACGCAUCGUCGGUCUAGACAAGGCGGAAAGCGACCUGAUCUUGGGUUAUCUGUACGAUGUGUAUGAGAAGAAUGUCGAUAUCCAGGUCCGUUUCCGUUGGACUCCAGGCACGUCGGCGUUAUGGGACAAUAGAGUAACAAUCCAUAACGCGAGCUGGGACUACGAGGGCAAUGAGCCGAGGCACGGCACCAGAGUGACGGCUUUGGCGGAGAAGCCCUUCUUUGAUGCGAAGGCUCCGACGAGGCGACAGGCGCUGGGUUUGGCAGGUCCGGAUGAUGUUUGA